UCGAGUUUUUGCUCGGCAGACAGAAAAGUGCAGUGAGAAACAGGGUGCCACAGCACCUCAGCAACAAACCAACAGACCGGUAAUAGUCCGACCGAAAGUAUUCCUGUUACAGUAAAAGUGCUCCCGCUUUCCCCUCGAAUAUACGCACACGAAAAACUCUCAUAGCCUUAGUGUUGCGUGAGUUGAGCAAGCUGUGAACUAGCAAAUUAAACCCGUUCCACGGCCGCGGCCGACAUGGCGCAGCCUGGGAUCGCGGGCGACAGCAAUGCUGGUGGUAGUAGUGCCACUGGCGGUGGUGUCGCUGCCAGGCUAACCACCGAGCCCCCGCCGGGAGGUCCCCAACAGCUCGAAGAUAUCAAAGAUGUCCAGACUCAGCUGAGCAAAACUGGACGUGAACCAGGACCCCUGCAAAGGGCCCGUGACGACGCGGUUUAUGGCUUUGCGAGGCCCCAUGGCUUAGCAAGUCCCGCCAACUCGCUCGGAACUGAAAGCCUCGUGACGCCAAUUACCACCCCCGAACCGAGUGGAUCGCCACGCGGCCCCCUUGAUCAACCAGGGAUUGAAUCUGGCCCACCGCCUCUACCUUCACCAGUCAUACAAAAUACGUAUGAUAGGUAUAUGCCAACACCUCCGAUGGUUAUGCCUCAAUAUAUGACCACCUACGCAGGUUACUACUCACAACCGGUGUACGUUGUUCACUCUGGAACGGGGAUUCCGCCUUCGCAGGCCGGGUUUGGCCUGCAGCCCGUACACCCGAUGCAGGCUCACGGUCACCACUACCUACCUCACCCACUGGAGCAGGUGCACCAUCCUGUGCCUUAUGACUUCUCGGUGCCCCCUCCAAACUAUACCUAUGUGCCAAUGGCCCCGCCCCCUCAUCCGCCCCCAAUGUUGGCAGCACAUCCUCCACCGUUUAACAUACCCGGCCCAACAGUGUACAAAAUCCCUGAUCGUUUUGUGCCGCUUGAAGGAGCACACCCUAUGGGAGCAGGAAGCAUGGGAGGCAUGCAUCACGAACGCAUGCAACCUUUGCCUUCUGGUGAAAUACUUAUGGAGCCUGUAAACUGCGAAGCCUUGGAUGACGGAACACAGUCACAGGGGCCAAAUAGUGACUUGCGUUCGUCCAAUGACGGCCGCCAGCAGUUCAGCCAGCAUCACUUUGUCACGGGGCAGGAAGAUCCGGAUGUCGCCGAAGUCAUUGAGAUCAUUGAAGAAAUUCACUUCGAACGACCAAAAGGUUAUCAGCCUAACACAGGCGAUGAGGCGACAUACGUCGAGGAGCACAUUAAAGCUGGUGCCGUUACUCCUAGCGACGACGGAUGUGAUCGUAGGUCUCAAAAAAGCUGGUACGACGAGUGCACUACGCAAGAACAAAAGGCUGCCGACAACGCCGAGAUAAAAGAGGUUGGGGUAGUUGUCACAAAUUCACACCUUCUGCAAAAGCAACCACCUGGGCAACACAGAGCUGAAGAGGCCCAACAUGCGACUCGUAUUACCGAAGGGAAACAGUCUGAGACUCGACAAGCGAUGACAUCUGCUGCUGCUGCCGCCGAUCGCGGCAGUAAUGUCAUGAAUAGCCACCACAACCACAUCCGUCAAAAUUCUCACGGAGAUUCUGGCCCCAGGGAUGGCGACGGAUACCAUCACCGCCGAAGAGACGAUGCAAGGGACGGCCGACAAGGCGAUUCCAGAGACUCCACUCGGGAACGCUCUGGCGGACGUUUCGACAACCACGGUCGCAGGAGCCUUACGCCAGAAAAACGGUUUCAUCGAAAUAACCCAAAUUACGGAAAUGGCGGUAGUUGCCAGAGGGAGGAUUGUCGAUAUUCCAAUCCAGAGCAUGGUGCUACCCAUCUCCGGGCGCGCCGUCCUCGAGGCGGUUAUGAUCAGGCUUCAUCCAGGGAGAACUCGACUGGCCGAAGAGACAAUAAUGGAAACAAUAACAAUAAUCGUCAGAGAUAUUACCCCUCACCGAAACGGGAUAGUCAUGAUCAUCGGUAUGACAACCACGGUGGGCGGCGCUACGAUAGCAGUCUGCGCCGUGGGACCUCAGGCAGCUACCGUCAGCAAUGGAGGGACGGCAGUCUCCCUUCGAUUUCUCGUGGAGGCAAUAGCUUGCACGGCAAUGUCACAAACAACAACAGCAGUGGCGGCAAUAACAACACUAAUUCCCGAAAGCCGCCUCUGCCGCGACAAGACAGCAACAGCUGCUACUCAGCCGCACCAGUGGCCACCACCAACGGGACAGCAUCCUUUCCUGUUAGCACCGAGGUCGCCAGCUUGAAGGAUACUUCGUCUGGAGUAGGUCCAUCUCAUCUAAGCGCGGAGAAGUCGAAAGAUCGCUCUGACGAGGAUCCUUCAUACCUCGAGUUUCUCGGCCCAUCGUUUCUCGGUAUCAACGAUCGUCUUGAUGUCAAGGGCAUGAUGAGUCGAAGGCAGGCUGUGUCGAUGGACAGCAGCAGCGAUGAUGGCGAGCACAAUACGGAUCACGCGAACGGUAACAUCAGUAAUACUAGUAAUAUCAACAGCAGUAAGCAGCUUGAUCUAGGCAACAAACGAGGUGGUUUUGGUGGUCAUCAUUCAAAUCUAUGUCAGGCCCGCAAAGACCACCGUCAUGAGUGAAAAGGGUUCUAGUGAGUGAGUUAGUGAGUUUAAGCAUGUGCAUGGGAAUGUUGGACUUGUACAGGUUGUAGGAGAUGCCAUCAAUGAAAACCCAGUUUAGGCUCUAACUGGAUGGCAAAAUGGGAAAAUCUAGAGGGACAGAAUUGCCGGCUCUGUUAUGGUGGGUUUAUCCGCGGUAGGGGGUUGGACCUAAGCGUUGAGAGAACAUCUUGACGGUAGGAUAUAUUGUUGUACUAAUGGCUCGAGCAAAGCCGGUGGACUGUUGGUGAGAAAAUGGCACUGCACUAGUAUAUAUUAUAUAUAUACAUAGAUAUAUAUUAUUAGUUAUACAAAAUAUAUAUAUAUAUAUAUAUAUAUACAUAUAUAUAUAAUCAAAUUUAGUGGCGAUGAUGAAGAUAAGAACUAUGAUGUAAGUCUAAUGAUGUAAAAAGUAACUGAUACUUGAGGUGAGAGAAAUGUAAAUGUUUGCAAAAGAAAGUGAGACAGAGAAGCUGAAAGGUGUGGGAAGUAAAUGUAUAAGUGAUGAAGAAAAGACAAAUUGGGAAAGAUAGCGAAAAGACAAAGAGCCUAGAAUAUGGUUGAGAGGAUAAGAGCGAGUCUUAAGCGAGUGCCAUGUGCUACAAGCAUUGAGUGUGGGUACAAAUGAAAUGAGUUUUGCUGUGGAUGUGGAUUACUCAUCGCGAAAUACAUAAAACAUAGAUGCACACACACAUAGAAAUAGAAUCACAUACACAGGCAGAUUAAUGUCAAUUAUGUGAGAACUGAACUUGAACUGAAUACAAUCCUAGCUGAGACCAGCUGCAUGCAUUUAUUGUACAAACGCACGUGCAUAGAUUAUGUAAUCAUGGUAGAGUGCACAAGCUAUACCAAUGAGCCGGUUAGCUCAAGGGAAAUAGUUUUACAAAAAAAAUGUAAGCACUCGUACCCGUAUAUCGUGUCGAGUUUGAUUUUCUUUUAAGAUAACCCCGUUUAAGCCGUACCAGAUCAUGCUGUACCGCUGCACCUGCAUAUAAAGGGUUCGCGCCUUAGCUAUAUUUCUCCGUAGUAACGGUGGUGGCAUGACUCAACAUAUCGUAUCAUACCAACUAUUUUAUCUUUAAUAUCUUUUCUUCUAUCCAGGUGAAUCGGUUGGCUGAGAAUAUGACAAAAUGCACUCUAAAGCCCAUAAAAAGUGACUCAAUUUCUUCUCUGUGUUACAGAUGCUUACAAUUAUGAUAUAAUAAUAUCAUGUGUAUUUAACUACUACGCAUAUCCUUAAUUCUAACUAGAGAGUACAUAUAUACAGUGCAAAGUGACUAAAAUAAAGAACGAAGGAGAUGACCUGUGUGGAUUCGCGUGCGCGCGAGCUUCUCCACAUUUGUUUUAGAGAAAAGCGCUAUUCUAUCUACUGCUAACAAUAACAGUAUACCAUAGUUGUUUUUGUUUUGUUGUCGCCACAACUCAACCAAUGCUCCGCGUGAACUAACGUUUGUUAUUAGACGGUGCACAAGAGGCAUGCACACAAGUAUGAUUAACCAUACGGUUACUCACUUUUUGGAAGGCGUCCGUUGCUGGCGCCUUUCGAAAAAAGAAGACGGACUGCAGAUGACGAUUUUUUAAAGUUUAAUAUAGUGGCUUACAACUAUGUAUUGUGUAUUUCUUAACGAGCUACACCGAUGUGGGAUAUUAGCACAAAAACACUUAGUGUGCAUGGAAAACCACGAAAUGACGUAGUGAACGGGCGGUGAAAUAUGGAUAAAAAGAGAAAAGAGUAAGCAGGCUUGAACCAUAUACGUUAUAUACAGGGCAUAAAAACAGUUGGAUCUGUUAUAGUUUGUAGAUGAUUGGUUCACGUAUAGCGCACUUACUUCGACAUUCGACCACAUAGUGUAAAUCAGGCACGCACGUCACUCGUUGCUUACCCAAAAGGUCUUUAUUUCUCCAACUUUCUAGCGUACGUUCGGAUCUGAGGUUAUUGUAAAGUAUCAAGUUUAGCCUUAAUGCCAACUUUUAUAUGAUCGAACCUGUCUAAUCCGAAGUGCUACUAAGUUGCAGGCCUAGACAUACACGUAAAACAGGCCGAUUUAGCUUCGGCAUAUUUUGUAUAUAAAUUUACACACUUUCAUUAUAAGUAUGGGGAAAAACUGUUUUAUUGUUUAAGGAGGUUUAUUGUUUAUUUUUACUAAAUAUAAGCUGACCCAGCAGUUAAUUUUGUGUUUGCUGCGAUAGGGAAUAAGAAAAUGCCAUGAGGCAAGGUCCGAUAUAAUAGUACAUUGGACCUUUCGUCAUGAAAUACACGAGAGAAGACGAAUAGAAUACUAGAGAGUAGUGGACAACAUAAUAAAGAUGUGUAAAGUGAGAAGGGAAAAGACAGAAGUCAAGGAUGAUAUAAUGAGUCUAUCAGAACAAAUACAAAGGUUUUGUUGCUGUGGAUCAAGCCAAUGUCCACCAAAUCAACCAAGCAAUUUGCAUUGAGCAAGUCAGAUCAAAUAGGUGCCGAAGCUAAGGCCAAACUAAUAUCUGGUAUGAAUAUAUAAUACUCUGCACUAUAACUUCGGACCCCAAAAAUGCGCUAUGGAGUUAGAGAAAUAUAUAUACUCUAAGUAGAAAUUAGAAUACGUAUAGUACUUAUAUAUACAUUCCUUUAUUAUAAUUAUAUUAUCAUUGUAAGUAUUUGAGAUACGCUCAUAGAGAGAAGGAGCUAGAUUUUCUGGCCGUCAGACUACACUAUGUUUUCAGCCAAUCGAUUCACGUAAUAAGUAGAAAACGUAGAGAUAAAAUAGCUGGUAUGAUAUUAUAUAGAGUUAAUAAUAAUUGGUAUGAUAUUAGAGAGAUAUAGCUAAAUUGCUAACUCUUUGUAUGUAACUGCACAAUGAUCUGGUGCGGCUCAGAAGAAAUUACCUUAAAAAACGGUAGACUCGAACGAUAGCCAUACAUACGUGAUUACAUUACUUGUUUGGCUUGAACGGCAUGUAUGGUGGGCAAGUUUGAUAAAAAUUUGCAAUUCGCAUAAAAAUAAAGAUUCGCAAUUAUGUCGAUUUAUGUUACAAGUGGUUUGCUUCUGUCAUGGAUUCCGAAGGCGGCAGGAAUCCCGCAUAUUUUCACUAUGGUGUGUGCUUCAAGGAUCAUUGGUAAUUCCAGGCUGGCUACUAGUCAAUUCACAGAAAUCAUGAAUCAGCAUCAACGUUGUCAAAACACUGAAUUUCUCAGGCCGACAUCUUAUGACCACAUACCACUAUAAUACAUAUAAUAUACCACUGUGUCUAUGGUUUGCUUUUUGCAAUUCUGUUUUGUAUGACACUAAUGCUAGCGCACUUUACCAUGGUUACAUGAUCUACCUAUGGACAUUUGUGCAAUAGAUGCAUGCAAGUGGCCUCAGAUAGGGUUGUUCCCAAAUAAGUUCAACUCGCACGUAGUCAAUCUGAAUUUAUCUGCGUAUGUGACUCUAUAUGUAUAUAUCUAUAUUUGUAUGUAUUUCGUUCUACGAUGAUUGAUCCACAUCCGUGACACAGCCCACCUCAUCCGCACCUACACAAGUACUACGUAAGAUUCCCAGGGCAGCAGGGGUCCCGCAUAUUUUGACUGUGGUAUGUACGUGUGCCUCAAAGAUCAUUGGUGACUCCUGGAUGGCUUGUACAGGCUCUCGCCGGAGCUGAAAGUGCUGGGUUUCAGCAUUUAAAUGCUAGCCAUGUACUACUGUUUCUCUAAUUGCACAUUUUGCCGUCUCCUGUACGUGAGUCGCCGUCAAAUGAUUACUGCUACUAUCGAUAUAUUAUAGCUAUUGCUACGCAUUUUUUAUAUCAAAAUACAAUUGAUCACUACUAUGAAAUGUUAUCCACUUAUCGACAGACUUGUAGAUAAACAAACCGUUGUGCAUUUUUAAUGUGACCUUCCUUCUCCUUUCGCGUGUAACAGACGAGAGGACGAACAGGCCACAACAAAACGAAUCCAGACAUUCUAACACGUCUCAGAUAGGAAUUACUGUGAGGAUUAUUUUUGUCAAUCUAUAUUUUCUGUUAUUGAUGUUAAUAUUAUUAGAAGUAGUAACGGAAUAUUGUGCUGUUUGUUAUGCGACAUGGUUUGAGUUAUAUAUCGUAUUUAAAAGGAGAGCAAGAAGACAGUGCAGAUAAGAUAAUAAAGAUGAAAAAUUAUAAAGGAAAUGGUGACAAUAUAAAAGCAAGCAUUGCCUAACAAAAAAAAUAUUUAUAUCUUAAUUUGGUAAUAUUGUUAUUAUUAUUGUAAUGGCACCAAAAAGAUGAUAUAUGGUUUUUAGGACGGCUGUAAAGCCACAUAGGGUUAAGAAUUGACAGAAAUUGCUUUUUGAUGAUAAAGCUAAAAUACUGACGAAAAUAAUAUCAUUGAGAACAAUAAAUAGUGCGUACAUGAGUAAUAAAAUACUGUAAAAAUAAUAAAAAUAUUAUACAAUUUAAUAAAAGCCACAUGAUCCGUAAGACAAAUAUCUAAUCGAUAUCAAGCGAUUCAUGCAAGAGUAAGUCUUUCUUAGUAGUCUAACAACCU